GAAAGUCUUAAGAUGCCUGUGUUCUCUGGAAGAGUGGAAACGUUAUCGUGCGCAAAGGUGCGACGACACUGGCAAUGUCCCAGACGUUCAUCCUUCGGGUCCAGCUUCGGGUCCAGCUUCGGGUCCAUGCGAAGCGCGUCUUGCCCUUUCCCAUCCCCUGCACAGCACAAGCAGCCUGACAAGCAGCACAGCACUGCAGAACAUUCGAGCGUGUUUAGCAUACACCUCAGCGCAACGUACGACCCUGGAUCAGACCUGGAGCCAACGACCACGGCUGAACAGGGAAGGACAAUAGCUUCCUGAUAGCUUCUCGGUCGGGGACAAUAUGGGGCGCGGACGGCGACAACGAAAGCAUGUUGGUCGAGAUCUCGACCUGGAACUUGACCUCGAUUCGCUGGACGAUUUUGAAACGGUCAUGGGAGAGCUUCUGGCAGUCAAGGUCGAGACUACGGCCGAUGACGCCGACGCCACUAUGAGCGACAAGCUUGAGACUGAAGACGAGGACGUUCACCUGGCAGCUAGAUUCUGCAGAAAGUGCCAGCGCAGCGGCAUUGACCACAAGUCCGUCAAACUUCAUCAGUUGUGCACUGCCCGUUGUUGCCGGUUCAACAAGAAUCAUGGCACGCUGGCAGCCAACUUCUGCAAAACCUGCCGGCGAGACGGCAUCGAGCUUACCUCUGUAGAGUAUCAUCGAACGAGUGUUGCCAAUUGCUGUCCGUUCAACAAGAAGCGAAUCAAGAAUGUAAUCGAAACCGAGGACAAGAACAUGCAGAAAUACCACGAGACCGAGAAACGCAAGCCUAGCUCGGCACAGUUGAUGGAUCGCCCGGAAGGGAACAAAAAACGCAAGCUGAACUCGACAAAGUCGCCGAAACUCCCGCCCAAAAUCAAAAAACACAAGCAGUUCUCCGCAGUCUUGAUGGAUCUCCCGCCCGAGAUCCUGCGCCAGAUAUGCCUGUGUGUCUCCGAUGGAAGCACGAUCGUCAACCUGGCUGUUGUUAACCGUAUUUUCGCCAAUCUGCUCGGAAACAAGGAUAUGCUGUUUUGGGGCGAGUGGGAGAAGCGAAACAAGGUGAUUGCUCCUCGCUGGAAAGCCGAUAAAUUCGAGAUGAUGUCAAAUGUCGGCUACAGGCGCUCUCUUGCUUUGUUCUCCCGGAAAGGAUGUGAAUUGUGCCGAAAACCUGGAAUCAAACGCGUGUACGAGAUGGGUCUGAGGUGCUGUCCGGAUUGCUACAGGAACUCCACUAUUCCUCGGCAAGCUGUGCCUCUUUGCUUGCAAAAGCGCAUUGACAUAGAUGCUGAACGGAAUCCCUCCCUGCGGUUCAUUGGACAGUACUACUGGAGGAAAAGCGUGAAUAGCUAUGUAUCGGAAACCUUCGGACUACCCGACUUGCAAGCGUAUGUGAAGACACGACGUAGAGAAUUGAAGAAGGGCGCUCAAAAGUUCCGGAAACUGAUCGCGAAGCACGCAUCGCGCACGAUGGGAGAUCUGACACCCUUUGUUCGAUUACAAUUUCAAGCAUUUGCGACCGAGUCAUACUUUCACCGCGACGUUGGAAGGGUUAUCCCAACUCCGGCAUCGACGGGUCUUCACAAAGUUUUGAAGAAACAACCGCGUCACGCUUUUUUUGAGGACUUACGCGAGCAAGGGGUGGGAGAAGUCCCCAAUGAGCAGGAAAUUCGUGAUUUCGCUGGAUCCAGGUUCAAGGAAAAAGUCCUCACUUUGGCCAAUCGACUCCUCCACUGGAAUACACGUCGAGUGCACGAGCCUUUCAUUCAAUACAUGGGAGUUGUGCAGCUGAAGGGCGACCCGGACCGAUCGGAACGUCAUGACUUCACAUCGUACAAGCGUGCUCUGCGAUACUUGAACGAGCAGCUAAUCGGUUAGUCAUCGGGGAUCCCGAUCGGGGUGACGUACAAUUGAGGAUACAUGUCUUGGCGAAAAUGAGAACUUCCAUGGCGAAAUAUUGAGAACUUGAGCAACAACGAUUGGAGAGGCGCAAGAGGCAUAUCACUGAAAGGGCAAACGAACUAAAAUACCCUCCCAAACGAUACCCUCGCGCGAGCUUCCUAUAAGACGGAUGCCGCGCAACUGUCGAAUAGUAGUAUAGGUCCCCAUCCCAUUUCCCUACCUCAAAGAAACCUAUUUUGAGAAACCGGCUGCCGGGAUGUGCUUAUUGAUGAUGUACGGCGUAAGGUGCGGGAAUCAAAAAAACAGUAG